CUCUACUAGUGCUAGUGGAGAGAGUGUGUCUAAUAGUUACCUGUAUCAGUUGUGGGGAAAGACGGCGGAAAUGCCCCCCUAUUCCACUUGUAUGUCACUGUACGGACUACAGUACACAUCAUACCCAGUUUUAAUAAUAAUAGCGAGUUCCUGAUCCAUGCAGGAUAUAACCAGCAGAUCGGCCUUUUAAUCACAUCUACGCCAAAACAAACGGUUGUGUACUCCGUACUCUAACAGCCUUUGCUUAUAUCAUUCAGUUCUCCUUGAUAAACAUAACUCCUCCGACCGAAAAUGAAGCCCUUCACAGAAGAGGAAACGAUCAAGCAUCAAGCGACGCUCAACGAAACAAUUGCUCAACCGCUCCCUCGACAGACUCCUUUGCCCACUGUACCGCAGGAUGAUGUUGAGACAUAUGAAGUGGUCAUUGCUGGUGCGGGGCCAGCGGGCCUUCUCCUAAACCUUCUACUCGCACGCUACGGGCUUCCAGACUCUUCCCGCUUAUGUAUUGACUCGAGUCCAUCGGCACUCAAAGUUGGACAUGCGGAUGCGAUGAUGCAACGGACUUUGGAAGUCUUUAGGAGCUUAGAUAUAGCUGAUGAGAUCUGGAAUCAGGGGCUGCGUGCCUACGAAUUCACCAGGUGGAUUAAGGAUCCCAGCGCUCCCACGGGCUUCAUUCGGCAGUUCUCGCAAUACACCAGCCAGAUCAAGGGGCGGUAUAAACCGGCUAUGCUGUUGAUAUCACAGGGGAGGAUUGAACGAAUUCUCCAUGAUAAUCUCAAAAAAUAUUCAAAAAGGGGGGUCGUUUGGAACUGCCGGAUUGUGGAUGUCCAGAUUGAAAAUGGUGUAGAGUCUGAUUUUCCAGUGAAGGCAACCCUUGAGCUAAAUGGCGAGAAACGCAAAGUUAGAACAAAGUAUCUAAUUGGAGCAGACGGGGCUCAUUCUGUCGUAAGACAAUCGAUUGGCAUAAACCAAACCGGAGGCUCGAUUGGCGAUAUUUGGGGUGCUAUUGAUAUGGUGGUUGACACCGAUUUCCCGGAUAUUCGAAGACCUGUUCAUCUAACGUCUACCAACCGCAUUGUUUCGAUAAUUCCCCGCGAAAGGAAGAAUGAUGGAGAAUACCUAACCCGGAUAUACGUGCCAUUUGCUGACGAUGAUCCUAUCGAGCCGGGCAGCUCUGCGCCUGUGGUGAACACCGAGGAAUCCCAGCGUGCAAGAAGAGCCAAGGUUACUCCGGAGCUCAUUUUGCAACGCACAAGAGACUUAUUCCAUCCAUAUUAUAUCCGGCCUAAGCAGGACAUUGAGUGGUGGACAGCAUAUCAAGUGGGGAGGCGGGUAGCCGAACGUCUCGUCGAGAAAGACAAGGCUGGAAAUUCACGCGUUUUCCUUGUAGGAGAUGCAUGUCAUACCCACUCUCCAGCUAUGGGACAAGGGAUGAAUGUUGCCCUAAUGGACAGCUACGAUCUAUCUUGGAAGCUCAUGUACGCAAUCAACGGAUUGACUCCAGAGCCGGAAAAGCUUCUAGAUACAUUUUCCCACGACCGCCUGAAAAAUGCCAAGAAGCUUGUCGAUUAUGACCGCGACUGGUAUGAAGGCCGGUACAUGAUUGAAUCAGAGGACAGUGUCAAGGCGGAUAAUUUUCUAGAACUGGAGUUGCUUGCUUUCAUGGUUGGUGCCAUUGAAUAUGAUGAAGGAUUCCUAGUUGACGAGAAGACCGGGACCUCGGACGGGCCGAUUAACAGUUCCAACUUCUUAAAUGGAGUUUUGAGGGAGGGACGCCGGUUCGGAGAUGGGAUUAUUACGAGGUUUGCAGAUGGUGAUAUCAGACAUUCACAGGACGAGUUUCCCUCAGACGGACGCUUCCGCAUACUUGUCUUUGCAUCCGACGAUCUUCUCAAAAAUCCAGACGGGAACUCUGCAUCUUCGCUUAACGAAAUCUGUCAAGAAAUACUGCCCUCGUUUGUUCCAAAAACGGUAGAGCUAGUGGUUUUCGUGCCGUUUAACUCCUUUUCUUUUGAAUGGGCAGAUAUUCCGCCAGCUGUCAAACGGGAAGCUGAAAUGCGUAUGCAUUAUCUUGAUCCAGAAGGAUAUUCCGCCUAUGGCGUUGACAUGAAGUUGGGUGCAGUCGCUGUGGUUCGGCCAGACGGGUAUGUGGGAACUAUCGCGAGACUGGACGACACGCAAAAGAUCGAUAGCUAUUUGAAGCGAUGUUUGUGGACAGUUACAUAGGUGGUCUUUCCAAUUGGCUUCCAAUAAUUGUUAAUAAUGGACAUGAUUUUGCAUUUCCUCCCUACUCGUUUCGCGCAGAAAGAAAUAUCAUCUAGGGCUCAAUCGUAACCUAACUUAGCUAGUUACCCGAUUCGGAACUUAGUAAGCAGAAUAGCCCUAGUUAACUAAUUAGUUACCUAGUUAAUUAAC